GUCCCCGUUUCAAACACCAACUGCCGCCUAGCUCCAGCCCGGCCGGAGGUACAGAGUGGGGAGGGCGCGACAUUUGGACGAACCAAUCACAGGAGAGCAGGGGCAGAGCGGCGAGCUGUGAUAGGGCGGCACCACUACAGUCUGCAGCAGCGCAGCUCGCUAGCUCGGAGUCGUGCAAUACAAAAUACAUGCAUGCUGCGUAUGGGAACUACAUGGAGUUUGCUACAGACAACAAUGUUAGUACAUCACAAAAGCCAUCAGAGCAGCUUGAGGAAUCAUGGGGUACUUCAGCAAGUGACAACACUGAUGAUGAACAAGAGGACCUGCCUUUUGAUGGGAUCCUUGAAUGUUAUUUAGUUCCAAAUUUAGACCAGGAUCAGGUAAACCAGCCUGGUAUCCUUUCUGCUUCUCAUACAGCAUUGAUUAGUCUUCAGGAAAUGAACAGUGAAAUAGAUUCUGAAACUGCUGAUGAUGACGCCAUCUAUUCCAUGGAAAGCAGCGAUGUGUUUAGUUUGUCUGAGACGGUUUCCAAGCAUGUGACUGAGGCCGAUGGAGAAACAGAACAUGAAAGUGAGAAGUUAAUAACCAUUCCUACAAUAAUACCAGAUGUUCUCCUACGUCACUUUACAGGCGAUGGCCUGCUGAGUCCGUGUGAUUUUAUAGACUAUGAAACUAUGCCGGAAAUAUCCAUAGCUGAAAGCAGUAGCGAAACAGUAAUUAGCAGAAAAAGUUACACAGAGCUUAGCCAAUGUGAUUUCAGUACAGAACAACAAGAGGAUUUCGAGGACGAAUAUCUGGAACUGUACCAAAAUGAAAACAUUGAUAUCCAGGAGGAAGUGUUAAAUAAUGAGAACAAUCCUCAUACAGAUGAGAACUCACCAAAAGAAAAUACUGAAAGAAAUGUAUCUGAGUGUAUACAGGAGAGCGUGGGAUUUAAUGAAUUGCUACCUGAUUGUGUGGAUGAUAAGAGCCAGUAUCCUAAAUAUAAUCCAGAAAGGAGACCUUCAUAUGAAAUAAAAUACGGCCAAGGACAGGUUCAUUACAAACUUCCUGAUUUUUCAAAAGUGCUGCCAAAGGUAAAAAUACCUAAGGGUGAUAUUGGCGUCGUUAAAUCUUUUCCGGCAUUAACGAGUGUAGUAUCUUCUCCCAAUUUAGUGGGACAAUCAUUUGCUAUUCAAGAUAUACUGGAUUCCAUGCAACCAUGCAUGCAGCAAGAGCAAAGAAAGGAAGCUGCCCUUUCUUCUGACCAUCUGCACAUACAGGGCUCAGAGGCUUCACUUUAUACUGCUGACUUCAACAAGAUCAUCUCUAUAGCUACUCCAGCAUCUGAAUGUUUUACACCAGACUCAUGUCAGUCUGUCAACCAUAUAGAGACACAAGCAGAAGGGAUUCUCCUGGAACUAUGCACAGAAGAUGCUCCUCAGACAUCCAAGUCAGCUGAAGACAUUAAGGGAUCACAGAGUACAGAGGGAGCAGAGGUUCCAACGGAGGGAGAAAAGAUGUCCAGAAUACUUGCUGAACAAGCUCAGAAGCUGAAAAUGAAAGGAACUAGCCAUUCUCAAUGGAAGCAGAUGUGGCAGAAACUAAUCAGAGACCAUGGGAUUGAAAGCUUUACUGGUUGUCUUUUUAAGAAGUCAUUGCCUAGAAAAGAAGAGCUUCUGACUUUCCAAAACUUGAAAUUAUGCCUAGAGAGUCUGGAACUCAAUUACUUGUCUGCCAAAGAAAAGCAUCGUGAUUUGCAGCUGCAGAUAUACAGGACAAAUUCCCAAACAGUGGGAGAAUUUGACUUAGAAAGAGACAUAGAAGGACAGAUAUUCAGACUGGGCAUGUUACUAGAAGAUAUUCAAGAACAAAUAAAUCAAAGUGAAGAUAGUGUAACCGUAUCUGCAUCUCCCACCACUCCACAGGAAACUCAUUCCUUGCCUUACCCAGAGAAGAAAACAGGACAUACCACAGACCCAAUGGUAAACAACAUCAAUGAGGUAGAAAUAUUAAGUCAAGAAGAGGAGAUGGCCAUCUUAUUGCCAGGUUCAUGUUGUCAGGAAGACAAGAUGGCGAAAACCCAAAGAAAGGUUUCAAAGCCAGGAACAUUAUCAAUUUUUAUUCCGGAGAAGGCUGCGAACCUGGACUUCCCAGACUGUGAUGAAACAGCAGAUUAUUUUCGCUCUAACUGGUUGGUGUCUUCACAUUCAUCACAACGCAGAAAUCUGGGCACCAGAGGUGACAGAACUGAUGUGUCCAAAGGACAGAGUUACAAAUCAUCUGGAAACAAGAACAUUCACUGUGAAAGUUAUAAUGAUUUUACUGUCUCCUCCAUAUGCUCUUUCACCACCUCAUCAUCAAGCUUACCCCCUGACAAAUAUAGCAAUGAAAAAUUGUCCACCAGACACCGGUGUAAAUUGCUGAACAAUGACACAACUACGAAGGACCUGCAUGAACAGAAGUCACUUUGGGCAUCCAAAAUUCCAGUAUAUAUGGAGAGACAAAGUAGCUUUUCAAACAGUCUGUGUCUCAAGUCCCGCAAGGUCAGCCAAGCCAUAACAUCAAGCACCGACAAGUCCCACAAGGUCAGUCAUCCCAUAACAUCAAGCAGACCCAAAGUGAAAACAUCGGCUUCACAUCAUUCCCAGUUUGCUGUGCCAGGAUUACCAAGCUUGCAGAGAAGAUCAUGGCCAUGUGUGACGCGGAGCAGCCUAGAUUGCAUAGAUAUCAAGACCCUGAAUUCCAUUUUGGAUCAAGCUUUAAGAACAGCCAAGAGCAUGCAGAGAACCUCUGAGAGGAUGGUGCAACAGCUGACCGCAGAUAUGGUUAAUCGUCCUCCUUACAGCAGCUCCGACAGCUGCACACAGACCUACCCAUUCCACAAUAAAAUCUGAAUUGUGUGGAAUUCAGAAUCUCCUGUCUGUAUAUACAUAUUUGAAGGGUGGGACAUUCUUACUAGAUAUACAAGGUUGUGCCUAAUAGUAUAUCCACGGCACAGAUGACUAUAUUGUAUUGCUUA